AUGUCUGUACCAAGUGAUACGAACCAUGAAGAGCAUGAAGAUAAUGACGAAAGAUCAAGCAAUGAACUUCCCAACGACAGGCCGCUUAUCUACCCUCAAUUUUCUUCCCGAGGCACCAUAGCAAUGGGUGCUCGGUUCCCAACUCCUCCUAGGUUAUCUCAGCUCGGUAAUGUGUGCCAAACCGUCAACCUUGCUCCUCCGUCGCAGGAUGAUAACCAUGGUUUUGAUCGUUCUGCUACCCUCCCAUUGGCUUAUUCCUCAUCACCGGUAUAUAUUUUCACUGGUAGAAAUGAGCAUUUUGGGCCAAACUUGCGGGUCCAUUCCGAUAAGCAAGAACAAGAAAAUGAUCUUUUUCCAACUCUUCGAUGUUCAAACCACUUCGCUGUUCAUGGCUUUGGUGGACCUUGUCGAAUGCAUCCACAGUUUCACCCUCCUCCGCUUCUCAGUUUUGGCCGUGCUGAACAGUACAGUACUCAUCGAUCACGCCCCGUCAUCCACAAACCGCGAACCAAUCGCAUCCCGGACCUCUCGCAUGUUCAAAAGGCAGUGCAGGUCAGUCCCGAGCCAUUCAACAACCCAUCAUUCUCAAAAUCCGAGCAUAUUUGUUUCUUUACGGUGACGGCAUAUCUGAUGGCGUGGACGAUUUGUGCUUAUUUGUAA